AUGGCAAUUGGCGCAAUCUCGCACCCUAUUGUGGACACCUGGGACCACAACGCAAGCGUUAUAAAUUCCAUGGCCCAGAAACAUCUGGUCGGUUGCAAGAGACACGCCAACAGCCUGGGCAUGCAGGGCUUCGAGGUUCGCCUUUUUGUAACCAAUCAAGCUAUUGAAACCAUCCUCAGUAUAUCGUUCUGGGCGCUUUCUCAGGAUAGGCUCUCUUUUGAGCCCAAACCUGUGAAGCUGGUUCAACAGCGAGCCGGGGGUCCUCGCGUCCCUCUUUCCGCAUAUCCAGAUGUGACCUUUGACAUUUUGCGCCUAGACAGAAGGCCCACGCUUCAUGCCUUCUGGGCCGACCAAGGGUUCAUUGGGAUCCACUAUGUCAUCAGUCUGUUCUAA